CCCCCUGCAAAAAUCUCUGCCCUCGGUUUCUCCAUAAUUUACGGUAUUGACCACUCUGGUUAUGAUAGCAGCCCGCCGCCGGAAACUCGAGAGCGCCAGCCACUCUCCGGCUCUCGGUUUCCCUCGCCCCCGCUUCUUCCGGUACCGCCGUUUGCGGUAGCCGCCGGCGAAACCCCCCCGAAAAAGAUCCCCAAAGCCUACUUCUCUUACUACAUAACUGCGCCAUGCCCACUUCCAAGUCCCACCGGCCGGCACCGGAGGACAGGGGCCGGAGGGGGAAGUUGCCGAAGAAGGCGUCCUCGUUCCACGGCCGCGUUCCGCCGGCGAUCGCGGCGGCCAAGGAGCUGCGCCGCCCGAUGACGGCGCCUGAGCUGCUGCCGCCGGCGUCGCUGCCGGAGCCGAGGCCGCGGCUGACGAAGCUGCUGCUGAACGUGACGGUGCUUGGCGGCGUCGGGGCCGUGCAGGUGGUGAUGUCGCCGGAGUCGACGGUAGGGGAUCUGGUGGCCGCCGUCGUGAGGCAGUACGCGAAGGAAGGGCGGCGUCCCACCCUGGCGUCGGACGAUGCGUCCCGCUUCGACCUCCACUAUUCGCAAUUCAGCUUAGAAAGUCUGGAUAAAGAGGAGAAGCUGAUGGCAUUAGGAUCGAGGAACUUCUUCGUCUGUCCCAGGAAGGCCCUCGCGGACGGUCCGGCCGAGGGCAACGCCGGCGGGGUGGCGACGGCUGCGGCGGCGGCGGCUACUUCGUCGUGCUCUCGCGAAGCCCAGAGAGCCGCGAAGACCGGUUUCAAUUGGUUGAAGUUCAUGGACUUCUUGCUACAGUAGUUGACCGCUCCGUCAUCCGCUUGCUCUCAUGGCCCAGUAUCUAGAUCAUCUUGUUCUUUGGUAGUCUCGACUCUCGAGCUCCCGCAUCGUCGUCCAGACCAUCUCCGAUCACCUCCGCCGUAGGAAGUACGAGCGCCGCCGCUAUUAGGAUCCGUACCUUGAAAGAGAGCGGGAUCGCGAUCGCAUCUACCUUCUCUCCACCUUUCGCGGUUCUUGUGUAGAUUCGCAUUUUUAUUUUUCCUCUUUAAUUUGUACAGAGUUUCCCUGCUUCUGGGCCAAUCUAUGUAGGAUCUUCUGUCUUAUGAAAAUUAAUGGGAUGUUGUUGUUGUAAUGAAGAGCUUUGUCGUCUUAUAAA